GUGUGAGAACAGACUGUUGAAAUGCUACUACAACUGCGAUGAAUAUUCUACUAACGGCAAGUGAUUUAGUCGAAAGGAGACUAAAAAGAAGCAUGACUAGAUGUGUUGUGUACACAGAUGUUUUGAUACAUCUUUGGUUGAUAUUGGUCAGUGUUGAAGGAUGGACGUAUCACUGGAAGGAGAACGAGAAAAUGACCUGGAAUGAGACAAGGGGGUGGUGUCAAAAAGAAUACACAGACAUUGUGAUGGUCCACAAUGAAAAUGUAACACGCUUCCUUGAAAAAAAUUUGCCUGAAAAAUCUUCAUCUCCUUACUUCUGGAUUGGAAUGAAAAAGAUCAAUGACAUUUGGACGUGGGCUGCCAAUGGACAGAGGGUGGACAAUGAAAACUGGGCACCCACUGAGCCCAACAACAACAAGGCAGAUGAGAACUGUGUGGAAUUAUACACCAACACAAACAAUAAAGGAAAGUGGAAUGAUGACAGCUGUGAACAUAAAAAGCAUCCUUUAUGCCAGAAAGCACAGUGUCCAAACAAUUGCACUGAUAGACAGUACUGCGUAGAACAAGUCAACAACGUCACCUGUGUGUGUAAAACAGGCUUCUCUGGGCCAGAGUGUGAAACAGUGGUUUCUUGUGAACCACUCUCUGCACCACCACAUGGCGGGAUGCAAUGCUCCGGUCCGUAUGGGAAUCAUUCACUCAACUCAGAUUGUACAUUUUCUUGUGUUGGUGGUUAUAAACUGAAUGGUAAAGAUGAGCUCAAAUGCAAUUCCUCCGGUGCAUGGAACGCACCACCACCUUCAUGUACAGGUGCAAUAUCGGAGUGUUUUCCCGUUCUUUUGUUUGGUGGUGGAUUGCUGAACUGCACUGAAGGUCAUGACAGCAUCAGAUCUGCCUGUAGAGUACAGUGUCCACCUGGUCACCUGCUGCUGGGUUUUGUUGAGUUCACCUGCAGAGCUGAUGGCACAUGGGAGUCUUCCUUUCCACUAAUGUGUGCAAGUUAUGUCCAUUUUCUAAUUGCUCUUUUGGCAUCUGUUGUCAUCUCUGUGUUUUGUGGCUGUUUAUUUUGUUGCUCCAACUGCAGAAGGAGUAAAAAGACAGUGAGAACUCGACCAGAAACAGUGAAUCCAGCAUUUGAAGCAGAACACACACCACUAGAGGGCCCUCUCUGUUCAGCAUAAACAUUUUUAAUCUGGAUGUCUAAACGGGGAUUAAUUAAAAUCCUCUUCUGUUUUUUUAUUUAUUAUAUGAAAUAGUCAAUAAUUGAAAGUCAAUAAUAUUUUGCUCAGAAAUACUUUAUGUUGUUCAUUGUAGAUGUACAGAAUAAUAGUAAUACAAUAAAACACACACACAGACACACACAUCAGUUUGAGCUGGAGAAUGUGUGAAAAUCAUGAAAUAUUGUACUUCUGGCAUUAAACACCAGUCUCUUAAACACUGUUGUGCUGGUUUUCCUUUUAUGGCAGCACUAUUACACAAUUUCCCAUCACUUAGUUACCAUGUACUGCACUGAAUAUUGGCAAAACACAUUUGACUGUAAUUUCGUAUGCAUCAACUGAGAAUGUGUUCUCAGAAAUCUUCAAAUGCAACUGCUUAACUGCAAUCACAGUAACAUGAACAAUCUCAUGUAAAAACUUCACAGUAAAAGCUGUUCACAAAUGAACUAUUCAUUGUAAUAAACUAAGUUCUGUGCAAUGCAAGUGUGUAAACAGUAAACUUAUU